UGGCAGCGGGGGCGGGCGGUGCCGGGCCGGGCUCAGCGCUGCGCUUCCGCGCGGGCACGCCAUGGAUACCACCGGCCACAGCGUCCUCCUCCUCCAGCAGCUGAACAUGCAGCGGGAGUUUGGCUUUCUGUGUGACUGCACAGUUGCCAUUGGAGAUGUUUACUUCAAAGCCCACAGAGCGGUGCUCGCUGCUUUUUCAAACUAUUUUAAGAUGAUAUUUAUUCAUCAGACAAGCGAAUGCAUAAAGAUUCAGCCUGCAGACAUCCAGCCUGAUAUAUUUAGCUACCUGUUGCAUAUCAUGUACACCGGCAAAGGGCCAAAGCAGACUGUCAGCCAGAGCCGACUGGAGGAGGGCAUCCGCUUUCUCCAUGCAGACCACCUCUCCCACAUUGCCAUCGAGAUGAACCAAGUGUUCUCCCCAGAGCUGGUCCAGUCCUCAAACUUGUACGGCAUCCAGAUCUCAACAGCACACAAACCAGCGAAGGAGCGCCUGGCAGCCAAGGAAAAUCUGCCCAAGGCAGGCAGUGGGUCUGCAGCCCAAGGUGAUCACCCUCAGCUGCAACUCUCUCUGGCCAUUGGCCUGGAUGACAGCUCCCUUGACCAGCAGGUUGCUCGGCCCUCUGCUCAGCCUGCUGCUCUCACCAAGCCGGCAGAAGAGCAUCCAAAGCUGUCAGUCUCCAUAAAGCAGGAGAGGUGUGACUCAGAGCCUGUGGUGUCCCAGAGCUGCACCCCUCCUUCUCCAGAGGUAGCGACCCCCAUCCUUGCUAAGGCCAGCCUCAGGGUGCACUUGUGUCACUACUGUGGGGAGCGUUUUGACUCCCGGGGGGGGCUGCGGCAGCACUUGCACACCCACGUCUCAGGCUCACUGCCAUUCGGCGUGCCAGCCUCCAUCCUGGAGAGCAGUGACCUGGGGGAGGUGCAGCCUCUGGCUGAGGACAGGGAGGCCAGAGAUUGCCACCAGCUCGGGACCUUCCUCCUCAAGGAAGACGAGCAUCAGCUGGAGCACCCGAGCUGCAGUGACCUGGAGCCUCUGCAGAUAGGCCAGCUCUCCCUCAUCUCCAAGGACCACGAACCUGUGGAGUUGAACUGUAACUUUUCGUUCUCAAGAAAGAGAAAAAUCAGUUGCACCAUCUGUGGCCGCACGUUUUUUAGGAAGAGCCAGUUGCUUGAGCACAUGUACACACACAGAGGGAAGCAGCACAAAUACGGCCGCUGCCAGCGGCUGGAGAGCCCCAUGACCUCCAGGUUUCGUCCUUACUGUGACAGUGAGAGUGUAGGGAAAAGCUCCACUUUAUCCCAAGACCACUUAGAUGAAUGUAUACUGGAUUCGGAUCUCAUCCAGGAAAGUGUUGAUACCAUCCUGGUAGAGUAGUAGAGCCCUGUGUAGGGUGUUGGGUGCUGAAACUGGAUAUUUUAGCAUUUUGCAUCUCAUGAGUGGCUGCUCUCUGCAGCUGAUUGUCUUCAUUAUUCCUGUAGUGUCUGAGAUAACUGUGAAGAACUGCACACUUAGAUUUGUGUACGUGUGUUUUGGUUUUUUUUUACUUCUCUAACUUAAGCUAAUUCCCAUCUAAGUACUUCUUGGAAGCCUCUAUGUAACUCAGUUAUAUUUUUCAGAAAUGUGGACUUGUUCCUGCCCUGCUCUGCUUCACUAGUGUAAAGACUGUGUUGCUGAGUGUGAGAUUUUAAACAUCAUUUAAUAUGCUACACUGUGCCAGGACUGUUUAUAUCCCAUAGAACUGCUGUUCCAGAACUGGAUGGAGGGAAAAGUAGAGCAAAAUAUGUAUUGUGUUUCCCAAACAGUUGGGUUUUAAUUAAAACAAAUAAGGAGACAUUUGUGUUGUAUUGCUGCAGUUAAUAAAUCUCUGCAUAAACACA